CAAUAUCAGUUUGAAAUGUGCUCAGCGGUAAACACAUGAGUCGCUAGACUGAAUAGCAUUUGUCAUGGAGACCAGAUGUAUAGUAUGCAUUUUACAGGGCUAGCCCUGUAGAGAGCAGUAGAUAGUUUGAAGAAAUUAUUUUUAUAUAGGAUCAUUGCGCGCCCAUACUGUACAGGGUAAGCGAGAAGGGAGGGAGGAGCAAUUGUAGUAUGUCUGUUGCAUUUCCCUGUCGUGGCAGCCGACGAACAUGACCAGAGGAUUUUUCAGGCACCUAGAGAAAUCAGAAUAACGAGUAUACAGCAGCUUCGUUAAAAUUAAAAAAUUAGGAUAGAAACGGUGCGUAAACAGUAAAUUGACAGCCCGUUUCGUUGCGCGGUGCCCGAAAUAUCGCUCGCUGUGCAGUGUAUUUAACUAGCUAGCCAGCUAGCGAAAUACUAAAUACAAGCCCUGGUUACUGAGCCUCUUCGGACUUCUAAAUUCCUCCCACAAACGAGACAUAUUCACCACUAAAACGACUAAAGCAUACGGGCGGUGGCUGAGAGUGCCAUUGAGCUGAGGCCUGGGGAAAGCAUUAACCGGAGGCGGAGAGCAGGACAAGGGUUUCCUUCGAUUCUCUCGGCGGUGUCGCUCGGUGCCAGGAUUCCGGAGUCAGCUCGCCCGCCUGUCUGAUGCCAAUCGUGAGGGCCACCGAGGAGACCUCGACUGCCGCGACCCUGUGAUGUCCGCGCGCUGACACGCUGCGACCUGCGAAUGCCAAGUGAGCAUCCGAGGGUGGGGCCCGCCUCAGUCUCGCGUGAUUGGCUGCUGGAUGGAACUGAGGUGAAUGGAACACAUGCCCAAGGAGCAGGACCCUAACCUAUCAGAGGGAGACGAGAAAAGGUGGCUUGAUGGGCCGAAGAGGAAGAGGAAGAAUAGCCAAUGUUCGGCAAAGAGCAUGUCUGCGCUCAGUCUCUCUGUUCCAGGGUAUAUCCCCAGCUACCUGGAGAAGGAUGAGCCCUGCGUCGUGUGCGGAGACAAGGCCACCGGGUACCACUACCGCUGCAUCACCUGCGAGGGCUGCAAGGGAUUCUUCCGGCGUACCAUUCAGAAGAACCUCCACCCCUCCUACUCCUGCAAGUACGAUGGCUGCUGCAUCAUCGACAAGAUCACCCGCAACCAGUGCCAGCUGUGCCGCUUCAAGAAGUGCAUCUCUGUCGGCAUGGCCAUGGACUUGGUGCUGGACGACACGAAGCGGGUGGCCAAGCGGCGCCUGAUCGAGGAGAACCGCGAGCGGCGGAGGAAGGAGGAGAUGGUGAAGACCCUGCAGAACCGGCCGGAGCCCACCAGCUCCGAGUGGGAGCUCAUCCGCAUGGUGACGGAGGCCCACCGCCACACCAACGCCCAGGGCUCCCACUGGAAGCAGAAGCGCAAGUUCCUGCCGGAAGACAUCGGCCAGUCCCCGGUGGCGCCCACAUCUGACGGGGACAAGGUGGACCUCGAGGCCUUCAGCGAGUUCACCAAGAUCAUCACACCCGCUAUAACCCGCGUCGUCGACUUUGCCAAAAAACUGCCCAAUUUCUCCGAGCUGCCUUGUGAAGACCAGAUCAUCCUGCUCAAAGGCUGCUGCAUGGAGAUCAUGUCGCUGCGGGCGGCCGUGCGCUACGACCCCGAGAGCGAGACGCUGACGCUGAGCGGCGAGAUGGCCGUCAAGCGCGAGCAGCUGAAGAACGGCGGCCUGGGCGUGGUGUCGGACGCCAUCUUCGACCUGGGCAAGAGCCUGGCGCAGUUCAACCUGGACGACACCGAGGUGGCGCUGCUGCAGGCCGUGCUGCUCAUGAGCUCAGAUCGCUCGGGACUCACCUGCGUGGAGAAGAUCGAGAAGUGCCAGGAGACGUACCUGCUGGCGUUCGAACACUACAUCAACUACCGCAAGCACAACAUUCCCCACUUCUGGCCCAAGCUGCUGAUGAAGGUGACGGACCUGCGCAUGAUCGGGGCCUGCCACGCCAGCCGCUUCCUGCACAUGAAGGUGGAGUGCCCCACCGAACUCUUCCCCCCGCUCUUCCUCGAGGUCUUCGAGGACCAGGACGUGUGA